GCCGAGACGCAUGCCGAUCGGACCAGGCGCAAAUAAGCAGACUCCGGUCGCCUCAUACUGCAUUUUCCAACCCCUGGUACCUUGACCUGCAAAGCUUCGUCGCCCGCUUAGACCAGCAGCGCUGUGACUACCUUGACGCGCUCUUCUCCCUUGAUGCGCGGGACAGCAUUGAACCAGUGACAGGACGUAUGAAGACGUUCUCGUCCGAUUCCGGCUGCCUGCGACAGGUAUGGGAGCGUGUCGAGAUCGGGUUUCUUUGGAGCUGUAGGCGCUUCGACCAGGAUUUUCUGGCUACACCUCCACCGACUUUGCAGGAACAUGUCGUACAGGUUAUCCGACGGAUGUCGAAUUUUAUGUGGAACUCGUACGGGAACCGGAAUGACUUUCCUUUCGAUUACAGCAGCGGGUCAGUCACGCUGCGUGGUAUUGAACGCCCAACCAAGGGCACUGACAGGGUGUGGGAAACGAAUGUUUUGGUCGACAGUUAUAUCAACAAAGUUGUUCAUGCACUAUUCAGUGCGCGCGAUUCAAGCUUCGAUACCCAGGAAGAAGUACUCGAACUGCUUCAUAAGUGUAUUCUCAACUCGCGUUCCGGAAAUGAGCUAACACCCGAGUACUUGGAGUGGGUGUCCUCAGGCGUUGAUCCUGCCGAGAUUGAACGUUGCUGCCUUCGAGCAAGCGCGCUGGAGAAAAGCCGGAAAUCUUCGAACCUGAAUAUCAGGCAUGAGAUAAUUGAGAUCUGGGGAGACAUUGGACAGCCAGUACUUAGGUAUGUGGCCACGUUCAAAGGCACUGUCGCCACGUCCGUCAGAGAGAUUUCCGAUGAGGAGCUGUACAGAAUGGGGUGGUUCUGCAAUGAUGCAAAUCGGCGCUCUCCGGCGCGAGACAACUCAAGCGAGAUCGGUGACAGCCCCGAUGACCAAGAGCUCGAACCUGAGAAUGCCUUGGAAUACUGGCGCUUCAAGCGUUGUGGCGACUUAAUCCUCAAAGUGAACAUGAACGAAGCGAUACAAGGCCUGUAUGCGGGAAACGGGAAAUUUAUUGCGGGAAACGGGGAAAUUAUUGAGUUAGAAACGGUUACUUCCUGAGCAGAAAGAAGACUUUUGCUGGAUCAAAGCGGCACAUGUGGUCCUGAGUAUCAUAGUAAAAACGGACAUGUUGGAAAUACAAAUACGCCCCCUGUAAGCUUAGGCGGUUAUUAGGCCCAGUCAGGGGUUCCAUCCUCCUACAGAGAUUUUCCACCUUACAACCAAUUGACAACCACCACGCAUUCC